GAGUGUGGAGUGGUGGACAAACGCUGGCGAACGGCUGAUUCCUGCAGGACUUUUGCAUUAAGGGACGCGCGGACAACUGUUGCAGAAAUAGAUCUGUCUCCUUCCAAUCAAGCUUCGGCGAGACGUUGCAUUUCACAGAAGGACGAUUAAAUAUGACUGCUGCUCGCAUUGCCUCAUCCCUUUUGCUCCUGCUACUGAUGCAGUCCGGAGCCGGCUUUUGCGCGCGGAGGUUCCGAGGUGGCCGCAACCCCCAACCACGACGCGCGCCGCCGCCGCCCACAUAUCGGGCGGCGAACAGCCGGGGCGACACCACGGAGAGCUUUCCACUGGAUUUCACCGCCGUGGAGGAGAACAUGGAUAACUUCAUGACGCAAGUCAAGAACCUGGCGCAGUCUCUGUACCCGUGCUCGGCGCAGAAGCUCGACCACGACAUGAGGCUGAACUUUUUGGAGAACGUUUCAGUCACCUGCAACGACGGAAGCCCUGCAGGGUUUUACCUGAAAGAAUCCAGAGGAAGCAGACGCUGGUUAAUAUUCCUGGAGGGCGGUUGGUACUGCUUCAACAAAGAGAACUGCGACAGCCGAUAUGAGACCAUGAGAAGGCUAAUGAGCUCGUCCAAGUGGCCUCAAACUAAAACAGGCACUGGGAUCCUGUCUCCACUGCCUGAGGAAAACCCUCACUGGUGGAAUGCCAACAUGGUGUUUAUCCCGUACUGCUCCAGCGACGUGUGGAGUGGCGCCACCACCAAAACAGAGCACAGUGGCUAUGCUUUUAUGGGCUCGCUGAUCAUUCAAGAGGUUGUAAAAACUUUGCUUAAAAAGGGCCUGGACAACGCCAAGGUUCUGCUUCUGGCCGGGAGCAGUGCUGGUGGGACGGGGGUCCUGCUGAACGUGGAUCGUGUGUCAGAGCUGCUGGAGGGACUGGGACACACCGCAAUACAAGUGCGGGGCCUGUCGGAUUCCGGCUGGUUCCUGGACAACAAGCAGUAUGACUUUACCGACUGCGUGGAUGCGGUCAGCUGUGCCCCCACCGAGACCAUCAAGAGAGGCAUCAAGUACUGGGGAGGAGUGGUACCAGAGAGGUGCAAACAAGCCAAUGAAGGAGAGGAGUGGAACUGUUUCUUUGGCUACAGAGUCUUCCCAACCAUAAAAAGUCCAGUUUUUGUGGUCCAAUGGCUGUUCGACGAAGCCCAGUUGACAGUGGACAACGUUCAGUUGACAGGACAACCAGUACAGGAAGGCCAGUGGCGCUACAUCCAAAAUCUGGGCAUUGAGCUAAGAAACACUCUAAAAGAUGUCCCGGCUAUGUUUGCUCCUGCAUGUCUCUCACAUGAAGUUAUCAUGAGAAAUUACUGGACCGACGUGCAGGUAAAAGGCACGUCCUUGCCCCGGGCUCUGCACUGCUGGGACCGCAGCCUCCAGGACAACAGGAACAACAAAGCCCCUCCUAAAGGCUGCCCCGUGCAUUUGAUUGACAGCUGCCCGUGGCCACACUGCAACCCUACCUGCCCCACCAUCCGAGACCAGUUCACGGGCCAGGAGAUGAAUGUCAUUCAGUUUCUCAUGCACAUGGGCUUCGACGUGCAGAAGAUGGCCCAGCAGCAGGGCAUGGAUCCCAGCAAGCUACUAGGCAUGCUUAGCAGCGGCAGCUAAGGGGACGGAUGACGUCGCCAAAACACACACUUACAGUAUGUUCAAGCUAAAGCCCAAGUAGGGUUGUGGCUGGUUUCUUUUUGGCCAGUAUCCAUACCUGAUACCUCCGAUCACCCUCUCUACCUAGUCUAAACCCAUCUGAUUUACUGUUUACUGUUGUUAUGAAUCUCAACAUCAAAAACAGGGCUUAUGCAUACCCCAUAAUCCUUCCCUAGCAAAUCACUACUGGUCACAAGUACUGGGGCUCCAGAUGAGGCAAAACUAUUUGCUACUUAACUUGGAAUCCAGUUUUAAGGAUCUUGAUGCUUUGCUUAAUAUCAUAGAUUGAAAUUAGCUGAAAACACUGCCCAGGUGCCCAGUGUCAACUGUAGCGUUUUUGAUUAGUUGUACACACACACACACACUCACCAUAGUGCCAUUUAAAGUGCCCCCCCCCCCCCCCCCCAUCCCCAAAACAUACUGUAGUCAUGUAAGGUACUUAUCAAUCCUCAGAUCAAUGCAAUGAGCAUCUAAAGGGAGACACAUGUUGUGUAUUGUACAUGUUUAGAGUAUUUGUAUAGAUUCUUUCAAGUGUUCACAACUCCAUUCUUAUAUUUCAUAAUAGAGAUCACCAUUUAAUAUAAUGGCAAUGCUGUAUGUCAUGAUGUCUUUAUCAGUGAUGUCUUUAAAAGACCUCAUUCUCACAUCAACCACCGAAGGAACGGUAUUACUAAUUGUAAUUUUAUUCUGUAACAUAUUUUUAACAGGAGAAACUACAUCGGUUAUUUACAUAUUUAUUUUGCUAUGUAAAUCAUAUUUAUAAGUGCUAUUUUUGCAGAGAAAUGAUUCUUUGUCAAUUGUAAAUACAUGGGUGUUUUUUUCUCUGUGUUGACUGCAUGUCUUUGUAUCAGACCAAAAAGAAAAGACACAUUACAUACAUACAAAGGAAUGCUGUCUUGUUGUUUUUCC